CAUCAGAGGAUUUCUACACCAAUGAAUCAACAAUUCUGAUUCUUUCUUUCUCUUGAUUCUCUUCCGAUCAAGAUGUAUAGAUCAUGUUCAUGGAUUAACGAAAAUGUUCAAAAACUCUAUUUUCCCCUUCUUUUUUGUGCAUGUCAUCACAUUUCUUUGUCAGCAUCCAUUAAUUUUGAAAUAUUUGCUUAAAAGAGAAUGUAUGCACCUGGUGGAAUAGUCGAGGUGUGCACAAGCUGGUUCGUGAUAAAAGAAUGUAAAUAGAAAGUUUUAAGUUUUAAGUUUUGCUUGUAAAGUCUUUACAUCCAUUGACACAAGGAAUAAAGAAAAGCAAGAUUGAGAAGAUCUUGUCUUCCUUUGGAAGGCAAGUGCAAAAAAGUCAAAGACAGAGACCUCAAUAAUCAAGCAUGUUGAGUGAACCCUUCUGCUAGCUAUCCAUAAGCAAACAAACAAACUAUGCUUUAAUCCUAAGCAAGUUGUGGUCGGCUAUAUGAAUCAUCACUUUCCAUGUCGCUUCAUUUAAGCACGUUAUUGUGUCACAUGUGAGGAUACAUCACAAAUUGACUCGUUUAACGAUAUCUUUCUCCUUUAUUCUAGCUUGAGACCGGCAAUAUGAGCAAGUUCACAUAGGCAAAGUUCUUCUCCUAGCUAUCCAUGAACAUGUGAAAUACAAGUCACUAGUAUAGGACAGCUUAUGCUUCCUUAAACAUUUUGUUUUCAGCUAUCAGUUCCAUCUUUCUUUAGCUUUGGAGGCAAUAUUUAAAAAUUUCAAUGCUUCAAACAUCAAUAUACUCUUCUAUAAAGACAAAGCAACCUAUUCCUUGACAAGAAAUGACUUCUAUUCAUAACCUUCUUCAUUACCAUCACCCUUUCUCUCCUUCAAUCUUGCACAAAAAAUGGAAGACAAAAACAUUUUCGCGGCCGAUUGCAUAGUCAUAUGUUGCUGCUGCCAAUGCUUGAUCCUCCAAAUCAUCAUCUUGUUCUUGUUUAACCUUCCAUACAAGCUGUUAAAGAAAACAAAAGAAUGUAUAAAGAAACUGAGAUAUCGAAGACGGAACAAGAAAACUAUUAUGGAGAUGGAGAUCAACAGACAUGAAGAUGAAAUCUUGAAAGAUCAUGGAGGAUCUUUGAGGGUUCAACUUGAGAGUUUGUGUUGUAUGGAAGAAGUUGAAAAGGUUUUAGAGGAGUUUUCUCAAAAGGGUGAAUUUGCUUUUGGAAGCUUUUGGGGUGGGGAUGAAGAGGAUGUGUUAAAGACAGAGAGAAUCACAACAUGUAUACAUAAACAAACAGUUGAUUAUGAUGUUUUUCAUACUCAUUUGAUACAAGUUUUUGGAUCUUUCAACUUGCAAUGACACUAUCAUAUGCCCUUUUAUCUAAAUCUCAUAUCUGUUAGAGUUCUUGGGAUACUGCUUGUUCUAACGGAUUUAAGUUAGAUACACUGAUAACGAGUGUAAAAAGAAUUUAAACCAUCAAACGAUUUAACAUGUUAUUGAAGGUUACUUACUAUUUAUUCAAGGUUACUAAUCAAUGCUUAUUACAGAAAAGUAACCAAUUUGUGUAAAUGUGAAAAGAAAUACCAUAAUAGUACACCCUCACUCCAAACUUAGCUAUUUUAAAUCCUGAAUUCGCCUAUG